AUGUCCAGCAGAAACAGUACUCCCGCUAAAAGUCUCGCCGCCGAUCUCGCGAAGUUGACUGCGACCGAACAUGGUAGCUCUGUUGCAGCGUCGUCAAAUACUGGGGACGACCUCUCCACCCCUGGCACCGGAGAUCAACCAGGAACAGACAGCCUGAUGCCCACUUGGACUGGCUGGGCAGAAUUGGAGAAUGACCCUCUCAUUUUUGCUACCCUACUAAAGGAGUGGGGUGUUACCAAUGUCCAGGUCAACGAAGUCGUUCCCCUCGAGAGUGUCUUUAACCAGCCGUCUGAGGAGACCUACGGAUUGAUAUUUCUGUCUCCCUGGGCUGCUGCAGAAACCGAAAAUAGUGUCACAGAAGUCCCACGGGGUGUAUGGUUCGCUAAUCAGGUCUCUUCUUUCUCUUGCGCUACUGUGUCGCUCAUGAACAUCAUCAACAAUCGCGACGAUCUGGAUCUGGGCGAGCAGUUAAAUGCUUUCCGCUCCCAAACAGCAGAUUUGAGUCCAAUGGCUCGUGGUGUUGCCCUAGAUGGUUUCAGCCACGUCCGAAUGGUCCACAACUCAUUCUCGACUGAAUUCGACCGCAUGAUUGUUGACCUUCGCCUAAAGGAAGACCUGAAAAACUCGGAGAAAGCGAAGAAGAAAGCCGCCGCUGCUGCAACGGCAAAGCGACCACGCAAGAAGGCCAAGAUUGAGGAAGGAUACGAUGAAGAAGAAGGUACUGGAUUUCACUUCGUGGCAUAUGUACCUGCAGGCGGCUUUGUGUGGCGCAUGGAUGGAAUGGAACCUUUCCCGAGGAAGCUUGGGGAACUGUGUGAUGGCACUGACUGGAUUAUGAUGGUCUUGCCUGAGCUUCAAGCCACAUGGGAGUCGGCGUCGAGCGUCACUUUAGAGUUCUCUUUGCUGUCUUUGACUGCUAUGACCGAUUCUUCACAACUAGCGGCGGAUGAAGAGAAAAUGGCGCGAACCAGGGAGGACUGGGGCCCGUUCAUCGCCCAGAUGGUGAGACUGCAUGCCGAAAAGGGCGAUAUCAAGGAAAAGUUGACCCAGUAG